AGGAUUCACACUAGUUUGUUAUCUCUCUUCUAGCGGUCUGUUUCAGCAUUUAUAAUCAUACAGUGCUGAAAGAAAAUGGUUUAUGUUGUCAUUUUGUUCUGCGUGUGUUUGUGCAAACCGGUUGACGGACUGAACUCAGUGUCAGUGAUGGAGGGAGAUUCAGUCACUCUAGACUCUGGUCUUACUGAAAUGAAGGACGAUCUGAUUCAGUGGAGGUUUGGAUAUAACAAGACUUUAAUAGCUGAAAUCAGUGUACUUGAAGACAGCAUGACUGUAUAUGAUAAUGUUCCUGUCGGGAGAUUCAGAGACAGACUGAAGCUGGACGAUCAAACUGGAUCUCUGACCAUCACAGACAUCACAACUGAACACACUGGAGAUUAUCAUCUAAAGAUCAACAGUGAGAGCAAGAAUUUCAGUCUCACUGUUUAUGUCUCAGCUCGUCUGCCUGUUCCGGUUAUCAGCAGAGACUGUUCAUCAUCCUCCUCGUCCUCAGAGCAGAAUUGUUCAUUGGUGUGUUCAGUGGUGAAUGUGGGUCAUGUGACUCUCUCCUGGUACAAAGGAAACAGUUUAUUGUCCAGCAUCAGUGUGUCUGAUCUCAGCAUCAGUCUCUCUCUACCUCUGGAGGUGGAAUAUCAGGAUAAAAACAGCUACAGCUGUGUGCUCAACAAUCCCAUCAGCAACCAGACUCAACAUCUGGACAUCACUCAGCUCUGUCACACAUGUUCAGGCUCUGUAUCUCUGAUAGUGCUGAUCUCUGUUGCUGCUGUUGCUGGAUCUCUGUUGAUCGUGGCUGCAUUCGGGAUAUGUCACGUGUGCAGGAAGUGUAGAAAAACUGAUCAAAAAGGCAAGUAA